AUGGCUUCGUCCGUGUUGCAGGCCUGGGAGGCAUGCGAUAAGAUCGACACCCUCUUCAUCCUAGUAUGCACCGUGUUUUGUUGGACCAUCGUACCUACAGUCGGCAUUGCAUAUGGAGGCUACACAUGGAAGCGCAACGGGUUGAGCGCCGCCAUGGCGGCCGUGCUUGCCAUUGCGACGUGUUCGGUCCAGUGGUUUGUCAUUGGCUACACCAUCGCCUAUGGCGAGGGCGGAUGGUUCUUCGGUGAUUUCAAGUACCUGUUUCACCGAGGUGUGCUCGCCGAGCCAGUGGGAACAAUUCCAGCCAUCCUCUUCAGCGAGUUUCAGCUAGUUUUCGAGGCAACCGUCUGUGCCAUUGCAAUAGGCGGCAUUUGCGAGCGUGGAAGACUAUGGCCGGCGGUUUUCUUUAUCGCCUUAUGGUCGACCUUCAUAUAUUGCCCCUUGGCCCACAUGGUAUGGGGCGGAGGCUUCCUCGGUGAAGACCUCGGGGUGCUAGAUUUCGCAGGAGGAACUCCCGUCCAUGUCUGUUCCGGAGCAUCGGCCACUGCUCUGAGCAUCUACUUGUCGUACCCUAUCUUCCGGUCCCGUAAAUCGGCGGUUCGUACCCCGACGCACAUUCGCCUCCACCGGCCGGGAAACUCCUUCUUCCAGCUGCUGGCCAUGAUCAUCAUUUGGGGGUCAUGGCUCGCCUUUGACGCCGGCACAGUUCUCGCACUAAACUUCCAGGCAGUCAUGGCGCUCUGUGUGACCAACCUGUGUGCCUCGUCCGGUGCCUUGACGUGGGCUCUCUGGACGUACUUCGAGACAGGGAAAUGGUCGCUGGACUCGACGUUUAUGGGCGCAAUCUCUGGUCUCGUCAUGAUCACGCCGGCUGCUGGCUUCAUAGACAUGCCGACAGCCUUUUUCUUCGGCAUAUCCGGGGCACUCCUCUGUCGCCAAGCUCUCCGAAUCAAGUUCACCAAGCUCGCACAACACUGGCGCUGGGUCGACAACGGAGACACCUUUGCUACGCACUGCAUUGGCGGCAUGGCUGCUACAAUCUGCACUGGCUUGUUCGCACAAAAAGAGGUUGCCGCGUACGGCGGGCUCGAUAUUGCAGGUGGCGUCUUCUUUGACGGCAACAUCCGCCAGCUUUGGGUCCAGAUUGUCGAGGUUAUCGUCGGCUUUUCCUGGGCGUUUGGGGGGUCUUAUAUCAUAAUAGCUCUGAUCGACUGUGUGCCUGGCCUCGAGGUCCUGGCCAUCGAUAAGCAUAUACAUGAAGGACUUGACCUCAACGAGACGGAGGAAUCUUUGGCCGGUCUGGAAUAUCCCGACGAGGUGGAUUACACCCCAACAGCAAAGGGGAAUAUUGCUCUGGACUAG